AUGGUUUGUGUAAUGUCUAGAGACAAAGAAAGCAAGAUACAAUCUUCUACUAAUGGCAUUUUCCCUAGCAUUUGGAGGGUAUUUACUAAUUUUAUUCAGCGUCUUGUAACAAAAUCUUUAGUCUUGUGCAUUUACUCUCUCAAGAUGUCUUAUUGUUCCAUUAAUAGCUCAUAUGUUUCACAACUUUGUUGCUUUCUCGUGAUAUUCUUUCAAAGACCUGAACAAUACAGAGAUGGAGCACGGAAGUUUGGGGAACUAGCUCGUGAAAAUCUAAAUUCAAAAAUGAUAGGAUGCCCUUGUAUCAAGUAUAUAAAUCUAAAGCAUCACAAUUAUGAAAUAGUGUAUGAACAUUUGAUUAUUAAAUGUAUGGAUCCUACAUACACUGAUUGGUUACAUGGAGCCGAACUGAGUUCUAAAACAAAGUACUCUUGUGUUUGUGUCUUCCUGGAUCUCGUCUAUGUAAAAGGAUUGGGUUGGGACUCGUUUGAAGCUUUGAUGGUGUAUAUCUUUGAAUUGGAGUAUUUAUUAUGUUUUGAUGAAGUAAUAGUAUAUGAGAUCAUGCUUAUUGACUUAAAUGAAGGUGAUUCAACACGGCUCCUCGAUAUAAAACUGAUAAUUCACGCCUUACAUCUCUCCUGCCUUCAUUAUAAAACCUCAAAUCUUUUCCCAUUCCGUUCUCUCUCUACCGCCCACGGCGGCGUCACAGCUCUCAUCACCACCAUCCUCGGAGAUCCACGAUAUCUGACGGCUAGGAUGAGUUAUAACUCACGUACACCGUUGAUGCCUGUACCCUCAAGGAAGCGGAAAGAAAGAGAGGCAUAUUAUAAUGCCACGUCAUCAAAACCGUUAGUUCCAGUAACGGCAGUUAAUCCUGUCGUUAGUAGUGGGAAUCCAACGACGUCGUUCGAGCAGCAGCCGAUUUGUUCGAACCGGCUUUUAGCCGGUUACAUGGCUUACGAAUUUUUAACCAAGGGAACUCUUCUUGGGGAGAGGUUUGACCCGGCUCGAACCGAGGCCGUUCCUGUGAGCUCAGCCGACUCGAAGUGGAACGGGCACGGUGUGAGUCAGAGUCAGAGUCAGCAGAAUGUUGAAGCAGAGCCGAAGCCGCAGAGCUAUGCUGAGGUGGCAAGCUUGUUGAAGGGUGAUGGGGCCCAUAUUCCAGGGAUUCUUAAUCCUACGCAAUUAGCUGGAUGGAUUCAGAUGUGAAAGUGGAUGACAACGUGGAGGAAAUUCAUUGGUGGUUCACGUUUUCUUCCUCAGCUUAAGAAAUUCUCCUCUCGAGAACCAUUGUACGUAGAGCUCAAUUAAAUCUCUCUUUUGAAACUGAUUAAGGGCUCAGGCCAGAUUUUCUAUUUUCAAGAAAAUGACCUCAUUUUUUUUGCAUGCAUGCAAUUGCAAGACCUUAUCUACGAUAUUUUCUCACCAAAGUUCGAUACAUACGAAAAUUAUGCAUAGUAGCAAUAUAAACAGGAUGUUCCAUGCUGUGUUGAAUAAUCACGUUAGGAUAUCUGUUACCUCAUCAAGAUAAAUGGAUUCAAAGAUUUCA